ACACCGCAACUUGAGGGAGGGAGUCAGGGAGGGAGGAUAUAUGUACAUACUGGCGCAGCGCUACGGCAUUCGAUUGGAGGGCAGCAGCAUCCUCUGACCUGCCAAACUGCCCCCAGCAGCAGCAGCGGAGCCUUGGCCAUUUCCUCCCUUCCAAGCACCGCCAAUCUUGUCCGACCUCCCUCCGCGUCCGCCGCGGUGCCGAAUCCAAGAAAGACACACCACAGGUGGUGGCCGUGGCACAGGAGCGGGAAGCUCGGGGAGAGGAUUAGACUGACUGACGCGACAAUGGGGGCUUCCUCUUGUUCCUCCGUGCGGCUGCUGCUGCCGCUGCUCUGCCUGCUGGGCUUCUGCUUCGCGGCGAGCCACCAGAAGUCGGACUCCUGCGACGGGGACCUCCAGGUGGCGCGCCUCGUCCCCUUCGACACCGACGCCUUCCACUGCAUCACGCUCUGGAAGGACGAGGACUUCAUCCUCAGGUACAAGAACACGGGGUCGAGCCAGUGGAGCUUCGUGCUGUCGGCGCCGGAGAAGAGAUCCUACGUGGCGGUCGGGUUCUCGGGCAAGGGGGGCAUGGUCGGCAGCAGCGCCAUGGUCGGCUGGUCGUCGGGCGGCAAGGGCGUCGCCAAGCAGUACUACCUGCAGGGCAGGAGCCCGGAGGCCGUGACCCCGGACGACGGCCGGCUCACCCUGGUCAGGAACCGGACCGUCGCCGUGUCCAAGUCCGGCCGGCUCUACCUGGCCUUCGAGCUCAGCACCGACCGCCCGCAGCCGUACCUGAUCUACUCCGUGGGCUACGAGGGCAGCCUCCCUUCCUCCUCCGACUACACGAUCCAGAUGCACCGCGACAUGGGCUCCCGCUCCUUCAAGUUCGCCUCCGCGUCGCCGUCUAGCGCCGGCGGCGAGUCGGGCGAGGAGGGGUUCCCGGCGAAGAGGUGGCACGGGCUGCUGUCCAUGAUGGGGUGGGGCGUGCUGCUGCCGAUGGGCAUGAUGGUGGCGCGCUACUUCCGGCGGCAGGACCCCUACUGGUUCUACGGCCACAUCGCCGUGCAGGGGCUCGGCUUCCUCAUCGGCAUCGCGGCGGUGGUCCUCGGCUUCCGCCUCAACGGGGACGGGCUCAAGAACAUCGUCGUGCACAAGGUCAUCGGCAUCUCCAUCCUGUCCAUGGCAUGCCUCCAGGUGACGGCGGUGCUGGCGCGGCCGGACAAGACGUCCAAGGUGCGUCGGUUCUGGAACUGGUACCACCACAACAUCGGGCGCGUGGCCAUCCUUCUCGCCAUGGCCAACGUCUUCCUCGGCCUCACCAUCGCCAAGGAGGUGAGCGCCUACAUCGUCUCCUACGGCGUCUUCGUCGCCGUCUGGAUCAUGGCCGUCGCCGCCUUCGAGUUCAAGCGCUACUACGAGGACGACGACUGAUGACCCAUCCAUCACCCUUCAUCCUACAUGGAGGCGGCGGUCGCAUAGAGAGAAUUAAUUUGGAGCGGCUAUUACCAAACGGCAUUGUUUGUGGUAGCUCACCUCGCAGCUUGGGCGGAUGGCGAAUUUGAGGAUUCUGUUGUUAAAAAUAUAUAUUCUUUUGCGGUAUAGGAUACGGAACAGGGGUGACUGAUGUCGCUAAGCCUAAUUAGCCGGACGCUCUGAUUCAUAUUUGUACAUUGGUACAUGGUGUUAUUAUUGUUGUACCCCCUGCCUUUUGGUUGCUUGGUA